AUGGGUACGCUAUCUACAGAUUCUACGAAAGAUGGGAAUACCAAUAGCAGUGAGACAGGAUCUACAUCUUAUCAUACAUGUAUGUUAAACACAAGAUCAAAAAAGUAACUUUUUAAAAUGAAAUAUAACGUAUCUUUAUAUCUUGGAAAUAAAUUUGUUUUUACCUUUUAGAUCCUGAAAUGACUGCUGAACAAGAGUUUUUCCUUUAUGAGUUAGAAACAACAGAUUCUGGGUCUAUUGGUUUGGUUCUGCGUGCAAUAUACGAUUCUGGAGAUGUGCACAAGUUUUCCAGAGCCUUGUCUCGACGGAUAGCUCACUAUGACAAAAACAUUCUCAAAGUGUGUACCUAUCAUUAUCAAGGCUUUCUGGAUUCAGUGGGUGAUCUGUCAUCGUUGGGCGAAAAGAGUAGUAUCAUUAAAGUAAGUUAAAACGACAGUGUGAAUGUUAUUAACUUAGAACACAGCGCAAGAAAUAAGCGAGGUUGUGAAAACAGAUGGAGCAGAGUUGAAUAAGAUCAGUACCGAGAUCGCGCGGUACCGAAAGCUACAGAAGAACGUGAAUAUUGCUGUAGAUCAGAUCUCGAUGUGCCUUCCUGUGUUGGAUAGCUACAUAAAACUGAAACAGCUGAUGGAGCAGAAAAAGUAAGCUUUAAUUAUGAUUGCAUGUUCUUAUGUUAAGAACUACCAUAACUUACAUAAAUUUAGGUAUUUGCCGGCUUUAAAGGUAUUGGAAGAGCUUGAGCAUAAUUACAUUCCACAUGUCAACAAAUACCGCUUCACUCAAUCGUUGUCAAAGUCUGUGCUUCCGAUUAGACAACAAAUCCGAGACAAUUCGUAUUCUGAGCUUAAAGACUUUCUCGAAAGCGUUCAAAAAGUUUGUGGAAGAAUAGGAGAAGAUGCCAGUAAAAAGGUAACACUAUUUUAGAUAAGAUAUUAUGUGUUACUGUUACUUUUUAAUAUUUGAAAAUUUAUAAUUUUUUGUACUCUUACACUCCUUCAGACAACAGCCCAGGAGAAUAUCUUUAAUCUGAACAAACGAGAUGACGUCACCAAGAAGACGGAACUCAGCGGCUACACUGUAGAAUCAGACGGCUCUGUAGCGAAAAAGAAGUCAGAAGUGACAAAAGCUCCUUCCAAUAGCGACGAUGAAGAUGAGUACAACGCCCAAGACAGGAUUGACUAUGGGCCGAUCCACAGUUGUUGCCAAGUGUUUAACGUGCUCGGAGAGAAGGAAGUUUUCGAGAAGUACUACAGAGAACAACGGCGGGAACAGAUCGAAGUUUGUGCCGCUGGCGUUAAAGGGGUAGGUUCUCAUUGCAACUAGUUGCUGUAAUUUAUGAGAAUUACUUUUAAGGCCUUAUGCAGGAUUAAUAUUAGGCUUUGUGUAGCAGAUAUUAAUGCGUAUCAUCUUUAGACACCAAAUUUGACGACAUACGUGAAGUACUUGAAUGAAGUCAUGGGAUUCUUCAUUGUGGAAGAUACGAUCAUGAAAUACGAACCAUCUUUGGUCACUGAGGCCCACAAAGACCAUCUUUGGGAAAUUGCUUUACAGAAAGUUACGUCUGUGAUGGACGCUCACUUUGUAAGUUUAUUUCUAUUUAUCAUGAAGUAGUUAUAGAAUAAAGACAUUUAACGCCUUAUACAUGGUUUAUCUUCUUUUAGGGUAACUGUUUUGACGUGUCGACAAUGUUGAAGAUGAAGAAGGUUAUCUUGAUGUUUAUUGUCACAAUGAGACAUUACGAUUACAAAGUGGAAGCCGUUUAUAACCUGCUUCAGACAUUCAGGUAGUUGUUAUGUCAAGUGUUUAUAUAGGCUAAUAUAGUAUGCUACUCGUUAAAAAUGAAGUUUUUGGUUUACUUCGUUUUAGGGACCAAUACAACGAAAUAUUUAUGAAAGAGUACUGUAAGGAGUUUGAAUUGGCGUUUGAAAAGGAUAACUUUACUCCAAUAAAGGUUCACGAUGAAGCAGAGCUAAAGGCUGUCUUGGACAACUUCCCGCUCUACAAAAGAGGUCAAGAAAAUGUAAGAUACGUUAACCGUUUAUAAAUUUAUAAUAUUAAUAAUUAGUCAGACUUUGAUAAUUUUAAAAUAAUACUUUAGGAAGCCUUUCCACGAGUUUUACCAUUCUCUGCCUUCGUACCUACUGUAUAUCAACAGUCCAAGCAAUACCUCAAGGGCUGUUUGGGCUUUAUGGAAAAUUUGGGUUUGCGACAGAAUGAAGUGGAAGAUACGAUAAGAAACUCUGCCAACAUGCUGUUGGAACGAUGGGCCUUCUCGUUGAAGACGUUUGUGAAAAUGCACAAAAGGAAUCUUAUCCAAGUAAGGCUAACUUAAUCUUUUUCAUAUUAAUAUUGGAAACCUGGGGUGAUAAGUGUUCACGUUACUUUUUUAGCUUGUUCAAAUAACUAUCAACAUGGGAUACCUCGAGAAGUCGUGUGAAAAUUUGGAGAGGUAUAUUACAAAAAUCAGCAAUAAGGGCGAGACCUCGACUUCGUCCAGCCAUCUGGAGCCAUUGAAAAGUCAGGUAUUCAACGAUGCCCGAUCUGAAGUGGAACAGUUGAUAGAAGAGUCUCUAAAAGAUAGCGUAAACCAAUUCUUUGGAUUAGGUACGUGUCUACUGUGUUUUAAUACCUUUUUCAGCGGGAUAUGACUGGGAGCUGGCACAGUCGAAUGGAGUGGCUAGUGAUUACAUUACAGACAUGAUUAACUUCUUAUCGACUACGUUCAAGUCAUUCACAAACCUUCCUGUCGUUCUUGCUCGGCAUGUGUGCUUGCAGGUAAUUGAAACUCAAAAUACUCAAAACCAUUUCUUUUAACUCCAAAACAAUAAUAUAAAACUCUUGUAGACAUGCAAGUUCGUGGCCGAUCGUCUGUACUCCAUGUUAUUGUCACCAGACUUUAAAUAUAUCAGUAAGGGAGCACUCGACCAGAUUAACCUCGAUUUAAUGCAAUGCGAGUUAUUUGCAUCAAGUCGACCAGUCGAUGGAUUUGAUGACGCUACCCUUCCAAUGACAUUCGCUCACAUACGACAACUACUGGAUCUUGUCAUGAACGAAGACUGGUCGACGUACCUAGCUGAACGAGGCCAACGAAACAGUAAAUACGUCAGAGUUACUAGUCAGAAUGCAGCCACGUUGUUAGAAAAGUAAGACAUUCUUUUUUAAAUCCAAUAUAAUAUAUUUGUCUUUAGCUCACUAAUUUUAAACUUUUAAGGGUCGUAGAGUUCGAAAAGAAAAGCAGUGGCUUCUUUGGAAUGGGCAGGGCACAAGACCGCAGGAAACUGUACGAUACUAUACUACGACAGCUUCGCAACAACGCAUAA